CAGGUAACACAGUUCUUCCAUCGUCGCACACUGCUCCAUUGGAAUGCUCCAAAGGGUGGUUUCUUGAUCGUUGUUAUUAUUCAAUAUUAACGCAAGUCAGCAGACGAUAGUGGUAGUCAACUGAACCUGCAUGAACCUUUUCUAACCGACGGUGUUUGCUGCAUUGUUGGUGACUCAGAGGCGGGGAAUUUAGCUGCAGCUCGGUUGAAACUUCAAUUCAAGUGGACGUAAAGAGUGACCAUGGGCGAAUGGGUGUCCGCAGACGAGUUGGGGCAGGGCAGGGCGCAGUCGGCGCCCCCCUGGGACCCGGCCCGGGACGAGGAGCUGUGGGACCGGGUGGAGGGGGUACGGCACAAACUGACCCGGAUCCUGAACCCGGCCAAGCUGACCCCGUACCUGCGCCAGUGCAAGGUGAUCGACGAGCAGGAUGAGGAGGAGGUGCUGAACUCCACGCAGUACCCCCUGCGCAUGAGCAAAGCCGGCCGUCUGAUUGACAUCUUGCAUGGGCGGGGCCAGCGGGGUCUUCAAGCCUUCAUGGAGUCUCUGGAGUUCUACCACCCUGAGCAGUACACCCAGCUGACAGGCCAGAAGCCCACCCAGCGCUGCUCAAUCAUCCUGGACGAGGAGGGUCCGGAGGGCCUGACGCAGUUCCUCCUGCUGGAGGUGCGGAAGCUGCGGGAGCAGCUGCGCGGCACGCGGCUGUGUGAGCGGCGGCUGUCCCUGCGGUGCCGCGUGGCGGAGGACGAGCGCGGCCGCGCCGAGCGCAAGAUGCAGGAGCUGCGGCACGAGCGGCUGCAGCUGGAGAGGCUGCGUCAGGACUGGGAGGCCGGCAGCCGGGAGCUGGACCGGCUGAAGGAGAGGCACCUGGAGCAGGCGGUGAAGUACUCGCGCACCCUGGAGGAGCAGGCCCAGGCCUCCGCGCGCGAACGGGCGCUGCUGGCACAGGUGGAGCAGCUCAGGAACAAGCUUAAUGAGGCCGAGAGGCAGGUGGACAAGGGCCCCACCUUGGAGCCGACCGUCAAGACGGUCAGCCAGGUGGUGCUCCCUGCAAGCUGUACCCCCGCUGGCCAGCAGGAGGCACCACUGCACACUGACACACACCUCAGGGUCCACAAUGACACACAGGCUCUUUUGGAGAUCCUCCAGCAGGACCGCAAAGAGGCUGCGGAACAGAGGCAUGAGCUGUGCAGUACCAUCGCCAGACUGCAGGGGGAGGUGGAGAGCGUGGAAUCACACAGGGAUAAGGUGCAGGCCCACUGUGAGCAGCUGCAGCUGAAGGUUCAGACCCUGCAGCUGGACCUGGAGACAGAGCAGAAGAGAAGCAUGUCCUAUUUCAACCAGAUCAUGGAGCUGGAGAAGGAGCGCGAUCAGGCCCUGCGCAGCCGAGACGGCCUACAGCUGGAGUACACCGACUGCCUUCUGGAUAAGAACCAGCUGCGCAAGCGCAUCACCGAGCUGCAGGCCGCCGCAGAGCAGCUGCAGAGGGACCUGGAGAAGGAGAAGGAGAGCGGCAGGGACCGCAGCGCCCCCUGUCUGCACUGUUCUCACCUCUCUCUGGUCAGCGAGGAGCAGUGCUACGGUCCCUGCUGCUCCCUGGGGCUGUCCCUGUCGGAGAUCGGAGGGUGCGCUAGCCCUCGUUCGGACAGCUCACACGUGCUCCUGCGCAAGACUCCCUCUAGUGGCCAGAGGAGCGAUCGGUCUGGGGGAUCCUGCUACAAUUCAGAGGAGAAUCUCUUGACACCGAUGGAGGACAGUGAGAAGGACAUCAACAGACUCUCCUUGUUUCCGUUCCCUCCCUGUGUGAACUCUAUUAAUCGCAGAUGCAACACUGAGUUUGACAUGGACUCCUGGGGCAGUGAUGAGAAUCUGUCAGUGCCGAGUGAAUCCUCACUGUCGGAUUCCUGGAGCUCCCUGAACUCCCACCUCUUCCCCCCUGACCUGGUCAACCUGCCCCCCACCCCAAUACAAAAGCCUUCCCUCAGCAUAUUUGGCGUGGCGUCCCUCCCCCCAUCUCCGCCACCGAGCCGUGCCAGAAAGGGCAGCCUGGCCGACGACAUCAGCAUCGCCGGGGGCAACAGCACGGGGAUAUUCGUCAGCAGCGUGAGGGCGGGGUCUCCAGCGGAGCUGUGUGGCCUGAAGGAGGGCAGUGAGCUCCUGGAGCUGGAGCACGUGCUGUUUGGCGGGGGUGGCGUGCAGUUUGAACAGUGCACCACCGAGGUGGCUCAUUUCUCCCUGCAGUGGUGGACCGAACCCUCCUCCCUCAAACACCGGCUCAACACGGGGGCAUACUCCAGGCUGUGCGCUCAGCAGUCCUCUCCCUCUUUCUCGGGCUGUGACUCCUUUUACGUCCGGGUCAACAUGGACAUCGAGCCCCAGGGUGACCCGCCUUGCCUGGGCGUGCACUGCGAUGACAUCGUUCACGUGACGGACACGUUCUACAACGGGAAGUACCAGUGGCGCUGCGCCCGGGUCGACCCCCGCACCUCCAAGCCCCAGCAGGCCGGGGUCAUACCCAACUACAACAGGGCCCAGCAGUUGCUGUUGGUCCGGCUGCGCACUAUGGCUCUGGAGCAGAAAGGCACGAAGAAGAAGUUCUCCAAAAAGUGUCCCGUUCGGCUGGUGAAGGCGGUGUCGCCCUCCUGUCGAGGGAUUGGCUCCUCCCCCCAGGUCCUGUACACUCUCAGCCACCGACAUGAGGAGAACCUGAUCCCCUACAGUACGGUGCAGAAGGUCUCGGUGGCGUCCAGGAGACCCGUUAUCUUCUGCCCCUCACUGCUCUCCCACGGCCUGAUAAAGCAGCUGCUCCAGCCUGCAGAGUCUGCACUGACCUUCAACACCUGCCAACCAGAGCCCAUCAGUGCAGCAGACAGGAAGGACCGAAGAGUCUUCCCCCUGAACCCCUCCUCAUCAGACCAGGCCCAGGGUGUCCGCCUGGAGUUGAUCCAGGAGGCCAUAAGCCAGGAUAAGCACUGUCUGCUGGAGCUGGGUUUGGGCAGUGUGGAGGGGCUGCUGAGACAGGGGGUAUACCCCAUUGUCAUUCACAUCCGACCCAAGGAUAAAAAAGGCAGGAAGUUCAAGAAGCUGCUCUCCGGACGGAGUGAGGACGGUGUGAUGGAGCAGGUCUGUCAGGCAGAAGAGCUGCAGCUGGAGAAUCUGCCCAUGCUGCACCACACUGUGGAGCCCAGCUCCUGGAGCUGCACCGAGGAACUUCUGGGCGCCGUAUGCAGCGCCAUCCAGAGCCAGCAGAGGGCAGCACUGUGGGUGGAGCUGGAUAGGCAGCAGUAGAACUGACGGUUGUUCAUAAAGAAAGCUGUGUUUUAACAACUGCGAUGUUCUGGAGUGCUAAAGGCAGACUAUCUCGAUGUGUUGUCAGUUGUGUUGGCCAUCUUUGUUGUGGUUGCUGAUGAUGAGAGACUAAUUAAGUACCAGUUUCUAAUAAUUAAAUCUCUUGAGAAAAACCUGGAUAAAGUCCAGUAUAGCUAUGCUAUACAAAUAUGUAUUUUGUAGUAAUAGAGGACAUUUAGCAGUAUCUUUAUCAUGAGAACAGUUGUGUAUUUAAAUGUAUGUACUGUCUACUAUAUAUGCAUACACAGAGACACACACACACAUAUAUAUGUAUGUCUAUUAUGCUUUAUAGUUAUCGUGGCAUAUUAUUGACUUGAUAUGCGUUGGUUCUGUUCUCAGUUGGUUCUGGAACGAGCACACAUGCAUCGUUCUGGGGAUGUUUUCCAGCCAGGCGUCCUGUUUUUCAUAAAGCUUCGCACAAAUGCUUUGUGACCCGAAUGCAGACCAGGUCCUUCACAUUUCCUGAGAACAGUCCAUGCCAGGGGCAGCCAGUCUAUUGAGCUGGAGGGUCACCGUUCAGGAUCAGCGCGUAUUUAAAGGACAAUGCCUUUUCUUUAGAAAGAGCACACAUUUUCAGAGGGGACCAGAGACCAAGAAUCAUGUAGGUAUCAUUUGUGUGAGAGAGAUAGAGAGAAAGAGAUGUCAGAAACUAAAUAAUAGUUAGAUUCUCCAGUAUAUUAACAGUAUUAUGUAUAAUUCUGCGAGGACUUGGACACAAUAUUUAUUGAUGGGCCCAGAAGCAGUACCCAACUGUACCCAAUGAGCACAAAUUGUAGACUUGUAAUACUUCACUUGUACCCUAACUUCAAAUAAACUGUGAUUAUUGAAUAGUUACGGGGACCGUUCUGAAAUAAGCUGUCAGGAUAAUUCUGAUGCUAGUCUUGUAAAAUAAAAAAAUAAAAAGGCAAAGUAACCAUU